AAUAAUGUUACCAAAUAUCAUAUUAAAUAUAAUAAAUAUUAAUGUUAUUAAUUUUUAGUGAUAUCUUUUGAUUGUUACAUUAGCACGCCGUUUUGGCGUAAUACUGCGUUUCGAUUUUGGAAUAUUUUUUUCAACGAUUAUAUGGAAAGACGAAAAAUAUCGUACAAUCAUAUUUUGUCAAAGGCACAAAGUGUUCGACUGUAGUUUAGCCAGUUUGUCGCGGUUGCUCUAGUGCACGCGCCAAGCAGUCCGAGUACGACUGUUGUUUCAUUGUUUCCUGUUUUUCGUAAGUCGUCACUACCAAAGUGUAGGUUGAAAAAACGUAAUUUAAAAUAUAUAUUAUUUAUAUCGUCAGUCGUCAGUCACUACUAUCACGCGAUAUCGUUGCAGCUGACCUCUGGCUAUUAUUUAUACCGUUCGCACCGAGGCACGCUCGAAUUAGUCAAAUUACACUUUUCGUUGGUACGUCGUCCCGCCGCACCGACUUGUUUGGUAACCAUACCGCGAUGGCCGAUGUAAAACGAAAACUUAAAUCCACUGUCACUGAUCUAUCCGGUAAGAGUUGGGCCGAACUCUGCGACAGUUCGCAAUCAUCACAGUCGCAGACAGACAUUGAUUCGCCACUAAAGAACGUUGACGAUCCGAAUGUGAAGAAUGGCGACGAUGAGGACGAUCUGUACGAUAUGGUUUUCCAGCCAGUUAAAAAGGAGUUUGUCAAAGCUUCGACCCAGGACGACCUCAGUUUGACUUCUUUCAUGAACAAUGUACACAUGGUAACGCCAAUCAAACAGGAAUUCGAUGAAAAGACGCAUACGUUUGACGAAGAUACCAUUUGUAGUCCAUUUGUAAAGGAAGAGUCAAAUAAAACAUCAGAUAACAAACCUAAAGAGCUGGUCUGUAAAGAAGAAAACCUCAAGAAGGAUGUACAGCAUGCUAAGAGAAGAUUAACUUCUGAAAGCGAGUCUGUGGUUACUGAUACCAUGUCACCUGAGCGGGUCAACAAAAUUAACAAAAAAUCCACAGAUCAUAAGAAUAUACACGACUCUGUAGAAAGUCCCAAAGUAAAAUUGGGACGUGAAACAGACGCAUUAAUUUUAGCAAGAAGACAAAAACAAAUAGAUUUUGGUAAAAAUACCAUUGGAUACGUCAAGUAUCUAGAACAGGUUCCUAAACAUGAACGUACAAAGAGGCAUCCUAAAACUCCUCCAAAAAAUUUGAAAUAUACUAGGCGAGCCUGGGAUGGAUUAAUUAAAAACUGGAGAGUUAAGUUACAUUUAUGGGACCCUGAUAGGAGACAUGAUGAUGAUGAUGCCUUGACCACCGGUUCAAGUUCAAAUUUGUGCUCACUAGGAUCAAUGACUAGUUUGGAUUCAAGUUCACAGGCCUCAGAUUCAAGGCCAUCAACGCCACCAUUGAGGUUGUCUGAAGAUUCAUCACAACAAAAACGGGAAAACCAUGAAGAUGGUCUUACUCUAAAUCAGAAGAAGUUUAAGAAAUCUAAAACUGAAAAUUAGGUAUCUAUGUAUUCAUAAAUUUUACACUCAUAACAUUUAUUGACCAUUCAUUAAAAUAUUUUUGAUAAUCUGUAGGUUAUUUAUUAUGUAUAUU